CUUUCACAUGAACCCCAUCUUCCUCAUCUCUCUCUCCCUCUCUUCUAAACUGAUAUCCCCUCUUUCUUUGCAACGGGAGGACCCAGGUGAUCGAAAAGUGGGUUUGACGGAAUCGAUUCAUUUUUUGAAUGAUUCACACUACCGAUCUGAAGAGCAGUUCACAUAAUCUCCGUCUUCCUCAUCCCUACCGAGAAAAAAAAUGGAGAGCUAGGUUCUGGUGGAGAUAAGGGAUCUCUCUCUGCCACUUUAAGAAUGAGGAAGAGGAAGAAGGAACCACUUCUGCAUCGAUCUUUAUCUCCACCCGCUCACAGAAGAUCCGAAGAUGGCGGUCAGAGAAUCGAAGC